CUGCUUCCGAAUUUUAAACUGAAUUACCGUCCAAGCAAGAAGGGAAUAAUUAUCAGGAGAAAAUCAUGGCUGACGAAUGGGAUAAUAAAGGAAAUCGCGUUGUUUUAGUAACAGGAUUUGGCCCGUUCUCAGGACAUCCGACAAACGCGAGCUGGGAAGCGGUUAAGGAACUUAAAAAUUCGGAUCUUGAGGAUGCUUGCAACGUGACCAUGAUCACAUUCGAGGUUCCAGUGGCUUAUGAGUUUGUCUCAAAUUUGAUACCGAAGCUAUGGAUGGAGCACAAACCCAUGCUUGUGGUGCAUAUUGGCGUUUCUGGAAUGGCGAAUUGCCUGGAAUUGGAAUGCCGAGCGCACGGAAGUGGCUACAAUAAAUUAGACGUGUUUCAAAGCCUUCCGGUUGCAGAAAACGAAUUACUAGAAAACCCCGAAGAAGUUAUAGAGACCGGUAUAAACGUGAAGAGUAUUUGCGACAAGCUGAAUCGCCGCGAUGAUCCGGUAUCUUCGAACGACGAGGGCUGCAGGGCCAUUUUGUCAAAAGAUGCAGGAUUGUACCUCUGCGAAUACAUAUUUCGCAAGUCGCUUGAGAUACGAUCCGACAAGACGAUUUUCGUUCAUGUACCCGACCUCAACGUCUACCCCGCAACCAAAAGCGCUAAGGGAUUGUACCACGUGAUAAGAAUGGCUGUCGACGAACUUGACGCCGCUGAAAAUUGAUCUUAUCUCAGUAA